AUGACUGGCAUGUGUUACGAAGUGCUGCAGAAGGCACUAACGGCGCUGAAGGGCAAGAUGGCGCCCAGUGGCUCCCUCUUCCAGGCAGUUCACACGUUCGUACUUAAUCCGAAGUCCAUCACUAUGGGGCAGCUCUACGGAGAAUUCGAUCUCAUGACUCAUGAAUGGACGGACGGCAUCCUGUCGUCACUGAUACGCGUCGGGUCGGCGGCGACCGACGACGACAAGAAGUGGUACGUGUUCGACGGCCCCGUCGACGCUGUCUGGAUCGAGAACAUGAACACUGUACUGGACGACAACAAGAAACUGUGUCUGAGCAGCGGCGAAAUCAUCAAGCUGUCAGAGAGUCAGACGAUGAUGUUUGAGGUGGCGGACCUGGCCGUCGCCUCGCCGGCGACCGUGUCGCGAUGCGGCAUGGUCUACCUGGAGCCGAGCAUCCUCGGUCUGAAGCCGUUCGUCUCCUGCUGGCUGCAGACGAUCCCCGAAGCCAUGCAGCCGCACGCAGACGCGCUCCUGCUGCUCUUUGACAGGCUGCUGGAGCCGUCACUGGAGUUCGUGAGAAAAAGUGUGAGGGAGAUAGUCGGCACUGUGAAUAGCAACCUGACUUUCAGCCUGAUGAAGCUCAUGGACUGUUUCUUUAAGCCAUUCAUGCCGCAAGAGGGUAAGAGACCAACCAGUACGGAGAAGCAGGCAAAGAUACCGGCGCUGGUAGAGCCAUGGUUCCUGUUCGCACUAGUCUGGUCUGUAGGCGCAACGUGCGACAACAAUGGGCGCUCAAAGUUCUCUACUUGGUUGAGAGAAAUGACAGCAAGCAUGGCCGUGCAACUCCCGUUCCCAGAGGAAGGUCUUGUUUACGACUACAUGCUCGAUGAUGGAGGCGUCUCACUAGAGACGGAGGACGAGGAGGAACUCGGGCCGAUUACAUGGAAAAACUGGAUGGCGGAGACACCGACGUACACAAUCACUGCUGACAUGAACUUCUCCGACAUAAUAGUGCCUACGAUGGAUACUGUGCGUACGUCACAGCUACUCGAGAUGCUGGUCACGGCCAAUAAAACAGUGCUGUGUGUCGGCCCUACUGGGACGGGUAAGACGCUGACAAUAGCCGACAAGCUGGUGAGAGGAAUGCCGAGGGAAUGCGUCUCGGAUUUCAUCACGUUUUCAGCGCGGACGAGUGCCAAUCAGACGCAGGACCUAAUUGAUAGCAGAUUGGAUAAAAGGUAUUCCCUAUCGGCGAGAGAGUUCCGUAAACUCGUCGACGUCAAUUUCGUCUGUGCGAUGGGUCCUCCGGGAGGAGGUCGCAACCCCGUGACUCAGAGAUUGACCCGUCACUUCAACUUCCUGUCACUGACGGAGCUGGAACAGGAGAGCAAGCAUCGUAUCUUCGCAAUGAUUGUAUCCAGCUGGAUGGACAAUUCCCCGCAGAUCGGGGAACACUGCACGGCGCUAGUCGACGCCUGCAUAUCGGUAUACUCGACCAUCACAACGCAGCUGCUGCCGACGCCGGCAAAGAGCCACUACACGUUCAACCUUCGAGAUCUGUCCAAGGUCAUUCAGGGUGUACUGAUGGCUGAUGCCUCGAGGAUAGAGAUGGUUGCGGUGAUGGAGGAAUACAUGGAGGACUACAAUCAGGUGAACACGGCGCAGAUGAAGCUCGUGCUGUUCAUGGAUGCUGUAAAGCACGUGACGCGCAUCAGCCGCGUCAUCCGGCAGCCUCUUGGCAACGCCCUGCUGCUCGGAGUCGGAGGCAGCGGCAGGCAGAGCCUCACCCGUCUAGCUGCCCACAUCUGUCACUGGUCAUAUUUCUAUUGGCUGCACGAGUGUACAUACACACGCAGCGUGAACGUCUACGCUAACUCCGAUAUCAAGAACGAGUCGUUCCUAGAAGAUAUCAACAACAUUCUGAACUCCGGCGACGUGCCUAACAUCUACGCGCUGGACGAGCUUGACCAGAUCUAUGCUGCAAUGAAGCCCGCCGCACAGGACCUCUCUCUGCAGCCCACCAAGACCAAUCUGUUCUCACUCUACACAAAGAGAGUGCGCAGCAACCUUCACACAGUCAUCACGAUGAGCCCAAUAGGAGAGGUGUUUAGAGCCAGACUACGUCAGUUCCCCGCUCUCGUCAACUGCUGUACCAUCGACUGGUUCUCUGAGUGGCCAGACGAGGCGCUGCGAUCGGUUGCCAUCAACUUCCUGAAUGAGAUUCCUGACCUGGAUGCAGACGAUGUUGUUAUGGAAGGUUUGGUAUGCAUGUGCAAGACGAUCCACCAGCUGGUGUCGGAGAAGUCGGUGCGCUUCCUACAGGAGCUCUCCCGUCACAACUACGUGACACCCACCAGCUACCUGGAGCUGCUUGGCAUCUUCACUCACCUAGUCAAGCUGAAGAAGUCUGAGCUAAACACGGCGAGGCUACGCACUAAGACUGGUCUUGAUAAGUUGCUGAGCACAGCAGAGGAGGUGGCAAAAAUGCAGAUCGAACUGGAGGUGAUGGGUCCAGAAUUGGUCGAGGCAACCAAGCAGACGGAGCUGACGAUGGUGCAGAUAGAGGAGGAUACAAAGAUCGCCGAGGUUACAAAGCAGGCAGUAGAGAAGGACGAGGCCGUUGCCGAGGCGCAGAGAGUCGCGUCGCAGGAUAUCGCAGACGAUGCUGAACGCGAUCUUGCCGAGGCGUUGCCUGCUCUCGACGCUGCGCUGAAAAGUCUGGACGCUCUCAACAAGAACGACAUUGUCGAGGUGAGGGCCAUGCAACGUCCGCCAGAUGGCGUGAGGUUAGUCAUGGAGGCGGUCUGCAUCAUGUUUGAAGUGAAACCGAAGAAGGUGCCAGGAGAGAAGCUUGGCCAGAAGAUAGAUGACUACUGGGAUGCAGGCAAGGCGCUGCUACAGGAUCCGCCAAAGUUUAUCUCAGAGUUGCGAACCUAUGACAAGGACAACAUACCUGAUGCAGUGAUAACCAAGGUGCAGCCGUACGUCGACAUGGAGACAUUCACGCCAGCUGCCAUUGCCAAGGUGUCAAAGGCAUGCACGUCGAUCUGUCUGUGGGCACUAGCCAUGCACAAGUACCAUUUUGUCGCCAAGGGUGUGGCGCCGAAAAGGGCAGCCCUGGCUAAGGCCAGCGAGGAGUUGGAGAUAACAAACGCCAAGCUGGCAGAGGCGCGCGGGCGGCUCGCUGAAGUUGAAGAUAAACUCGCAAAGCUACAGGCCGGCUACGACGCCUCGGUCCAUAAGAAGAAACAAUUGGAAGAUAACUGCAAGCUCUGCGAAGAUAGAUUGGUCCGAGCCGACAAGCUGAUCGGAGGACUGGCCGAUGAGAAAGACAGGUGGGCGGACACUGUCAAAGAGCUCGACUUCCUUAUCACCAAUAUAGUGGGCGACAUUCUCGUAUCUGCCGGCUCCAUAGCCUACCUGGGUCCGUUCACGGGCGAGUACAGGGCGCAGUUGGUGUCCGAGUGGGUGGUGAAGCUAGCCGACAUGCGUGUACCGCACACUAGCGCGCCGACGCUCAUCGACACGCUCGGCGACCCCGUGCGCGUGCGCGCGUGGCAGAUCGCCGGCCUGCCGCGAGACAGCCUCUCCGUCGAGAACGCCGUCGUCAUGCAGUACUCGCAGCGCUGGCCGCUCUUCAUCGAUCCGCAGGGGCAGGCCAACAAGUGGAUCAAGUGUCUCGAGAAAGAUGCUGGAAUCGACGUGAUCAAGCUUUCUGACAAGGAUUUCUUGCGAAGUCUCGAGAAUGCAAUAAGAUUUGGCAAGCCCUGCAUGCUGGAAAACGUUGGCGAGGACCUUGACCCUGCUCUAGAACCCGUGCUUCUGCGACAGACGUUCAAACAAGCCGGAAGUACGGUAAUCAAACUGGGUGAUGCCGUCAUUCCUUAUCACGAUGACUUCAAGUUCUACAUCACCACCAAGCUGCCGAAUCCUCACUACACGCCAGAGGUCAGCACCAAGGUGACCAUCAUAAAUUUCACCCUCGCACCAAGCGGCCUUGAGGAUCAGCUGCUCGCCCUUGUCGUCGCCGAGGAGAGGCCUGACCUUGAGGAAGCCAAGAACCAGCUGAUCGUCUCCAACGCGCAGAUGAAGCACGAGCUGAAGGAGAUCGAGGACAAGAUCCUCGCAAAGCUGAGCGCGUCCGAAGGAAGCCCCGUCGACGAUGUCGACCUCAUUGCGACCCUCGGCGCCUCCAAGGUCAAGUCUCAGGAGAUUUCGGCCAAGGUAGCUGCAGCCGAAAAGACGGAGCUGGAAAUCGACACGACGCGCAGUCAGUACAUCCCCGUCGCCGUGCGCGCGCAAAUCCUAUUCUUUUGCAUGAGCGAUCUCUCGCUGAUCGACCCCAUGUAUCAGUACAGCCUUGAGUGGUUCAACGGAAUCUUCCUCGGCGCGAUAGCCAACGCCGAGCGAGCAGACGUGGUUGAACAGCGCAUCGCGAACAUCGACGCCCGCUUCACGUUCAGCCUCUACAGCAACGUGUGCCGCUCGCUGUUCGAGAAGCACAAGCUGCUCUUCGCCUUCCUGCUCUGCACCCGCAUCAUGAUGAACGACAACCGCAUUGACAUGGACGAGUGGCGCUAUCUACUGGCAGGUGGCACACAUGCGCCGAAUCCGAGACCCAACCCGGCUUCUGAGUGGCUGUCCGACCGUGCGUGGGACGAGUUCCUAACCCUCGCUGCACUCCCAAACUUCACCGACUUUGUGGACGAUUUUGAAAACUGCGCGGUGGGACUGAGAGCGAUAUUCGACUCUGUCGAGCCACACAGAGAGGCUCUCCCGGGUGAGUGGGAAGCGAGAAUGCAACCCUUCCAGAAGAUACUCAUUCUACGGUGCCUUCGAGCCGAUAAAGUGACAAAUGCAUUCCAGGACUUUGUAGCUGCAAAUUUGGGACAAAAGUUCAUUGAGCCACAGGCGGUGGACCUGUCGGAGGUGUUUAAGGACUCGUCUCCCACCUGCCCACUGAUCUUCGUCCUGUCACCGGGCACGGAUCCCGCCGCAGAUCUCAACAAGUUUGCCGAGGAAAUGAAAUUCUCAAAGAAGCUCAACUCGAUAUCUCUCGGCCAAGGCCAGGGUCCCCGAGCAGAGGCUAUGCUGAGAAGUGCCCUGGAGAGGGGCAAGUGGGUGUUCUUCCAGAACUGUCACCUCGCUCCCAGCUGGAUGCCAAGCCUCGAACGACUUAUCGAGCAAAUAGAUCCCGAGAAGGUUCACAGAGAUUUUCGCGCAUGGAUGACCUCAAUGCCGAGUCCGAAAUUCCCAGUGUCCAUCCUGCAGAAUGGCUCUAAGAUGACAGUAGAGCCCCCUAGAGGCAUCAAAGCAAACCUACUCAAGUGCUAUGCCAACUUCUCUGAUGAGUACUUUGAUUCUUGUGAAGGAAAGGCGCCUGUCUUCAAACACCUGCUGCUCUCGCUCUGUCUCUUCUACGGCUGCGUGCUGGAGAGACGCAAGUUCGGCGCGCUCGGCUUCAACAUACCGUACGAGUUCACCGAUGGUGAUCUGCAGAUCUGCAUCAGUCAGCUGAAGAUGUUCCUCAUCGAAUACGCCGAGACGCCGUUCAAGGUGUUGAAGUACACGGCGGGGCAGAUCAACUACGGCGGCCGCGUGACGGAUGACUGGGACCGCCGCUGUCUGAUGAGCGUGCUAGACGGCUUCUACUGCAGCGACGUGCUCAACGCUGAGCACAAGUACAGCGAGUCCGGCGUCUACCGGCAGAUCGACCCGGACGCGUGCGGCCACGAGGCAUAUACGGCUUACAUUCGGGGACUUCCUAUCAAUGAUACACCGGAGAUAUUUGGUCUACAUGAGAAUGCCAACAUCACCUUUGCGCAGAAUGAGACUUUUGCUCUCCUAAACGGGCUGCUGUUGCUACAACCAAAGUCUUCCUCAGGAGGGGGGCAAUCUAGAGAGGAGGUGAUGGAGGAGACAGCAAAAAGCAUACUGGAGCGCGUUCCACCGCCCGUCGAUGAGGCUAUGGUAAUGGAGAAACAUCCUGUAAUGUACACUGAAUCGAUGAACACAGUCCUUAUACAGGAGGUUGGCAGGUUUAAUCAGCUGCUGCGAGUCAUACACCAGAGCCUGCAGGAUCUACUGAAAGCUCUAAAGGGGCUGGUGGUAAUGUCGCAGGCACUAGAAGAGAUGGCAAACAGUCUCUUCAUUAACUCAGUGCCAGCUAUGUGGGCGGCUAAGGCUUAUCCAUCGUUGAAGCCGCUUGCAUCUUGGGUGACAGACCUCGUUGCCCGCAUGCACUUCAUGCAGGACUGGAUUGACAACGGCACUCCGAACAUCUUCUGGAUUUCCGGAUUCUUCUUCCCACAGGCUUUCCUGACGGGCACGUUGCAGAACUUUGCCCGCAGGAAUAUGGUCGCGAUUGACACAAUAUCGUUUGGUUUCGAGGUGCUGCAGCAGCCUCUGCAUCUCAUCGAGUCGGCGCCAGUCAACGGAUGCUACGUGCACGGCCUCUUCAUAGAGGGCGCCAAGUGGGACUCGGAUCGCGGCAUGCUCGCAGAGGCGCGGCCCAAGGAGCUGUACACGGACAUGCCCCUGCUGUGGUUCUACCCGGAGGUGAAUCGCACGCAGCCGUCGACCGGCUUCUAUCUGUGUCCGCUCUACAAGACGCUGCAGAGAGCCGGAACACUGUCCACAACAGGUCACUCCACCAACUACGUGUUGGCCAUAGAAAUUCCGUCCGACAAACCGCAGCAACACUGGAUCAAGAGAGGAGUCGCUAUGCUCUGCGCCCUCAAAUACUAAUCAUACCGAAGCACGUGUCGCUAGCGCCCCCUCUCGGCAUGUUUGGAUGCAUCGUGGUUGUAAUUGGAAUGAGAGCGAUGGGUCAGUUUAUUGAUUGAUACGUGGCUUGUGUUCUCUCAUGUUCACGUUUUGCUCACUUAAAUAACAAACUAGAGCUCGUUUGGCAUGCGUGAGUCUAAGCUAUGGCAUUCGUUCUUAACAAAAGGUGACUUUUAUCUUGGUCAUGGUGAUCAGUGUGCAGAAUCGUAGCAGGAAUUGAUCAAUCUGUAGAUCAUAACAUGAACUUUAAAAUAUCACAACAGAAUGGAAAAAAUACGUUCUUGAACAACUAAGAUUUGACAAACUAAGAUAUUCCAUUCUUGCUUUAUGGUAAUAAAUAAUAAUAUAGUGAGAUAUUAUUUGAACAAACGCAUAGAAAUUAACAACUAAAAUAGUAUACACGUCACUGUUAGUGUUAUGGCUUGAUAUAUAUUGUGUUGCUUCUAAAAUUUAUUUUUGUGCAAUAUAUUACACCAUUUGUUGUAGUGAAAGAUGUUAUAAAGUGGGCUGUUGUAAGCUACACGAUUUCGUAAUCCGUCCAUUUUAUCUAUUGAAAAUUUCUAUAUAUUGUUUAUCAAAUAAAUAAAGUAGUUGAAGUAA